GCCCCUUCAAGGGCAAUGCUGUCAGAGCGUUUACGACCCGGAUGCCGCAAAGCGCUGGAGUGCAGCUGUGCGAGCGGCUUGUUUUCCGGAUCCCGGGGCUGCAGGUAUGUUAUGUCUAAAAGUGGAUUAAUUCCAUGUUAAGUGAAAAUGGCCAAUUCCUUGCGAGGAGAAGUACUGGCUCUUUACAAAAACCUGCUGUAUCUUGGACGGGACUAUCCAAAAGGAGCAGACUAUUUUAAAAGGCGUUUGAAGAAUGUUUUCCUUAAAAACAAGGAUGUGAAGGACCCAGAGAAGAUCAAAGAGCUUAUUGCACGAGGAGAAUUUGUAAUGAAGGAGCUAGAGGCCUUAUACUUCCUUAGGAAAUACAGAGCUAUGAAGCAACGUUACUAUUCAGAUACCAACAACUAACCAAUCGUUGCCACCAACACCUGGCUUACACUCAGUGCCAGCUGUUUGUGUGUACCAACUAUUAUAAAAUAAUUCAACUUACAAUGGCAAGAUACAUGUUUAAAAGACCAGAGUUGUUUUUUUUAACUCUGAAUGCAGUUAUCAAAAUAAAACAUAUGAAAGUGACUUUGACCUUGGCAUGCUCAACAGAUGACUGGCAUUAUGUGGCCAUUAUUUCUAUUAUUCUUUGUGCUGCUAGCUCCCCUUAAGCCCCAGAUCACUUGUCCUGCUUAGACUAACUUUCAUGAGGAGUGGUAAUGUUCCUGUUUCCACCAUCAAAGCAGGCAUAUUUUUGUUUGCCUGUAACAGAGGUAAUGUGGAGUAGACCUAGCCCAGACAAGCCCGCAAGUUUAACAAACACUUUUAUGUAAUAUUCUUAGCAACUUUAUAAAUAAAAAACUUUCCAACUUAAA